AUGGUUCAAGUAGGAGAUGCCUGUGGAGAGCGGGUACUGGUGGAUAUGAUAUCAGGACCUCGGAUCGUAGGUGGACAUGAUGCACAGCUCGGAGCAUGGCCGUGGCAAGUUAGUCUCCAAGUUUACCAAUAUGGUGUAGGAUUUAAACAUCUGUGCGGUGGAUCUUUAGUUAAUGAGUAUUCAGUGCUGACAGCAGCGCAUUGUGUUAGACGACAAAUGGAUCCAUACUACUGGAAGGUUGUGAUUGGCCUUCAUGAUAUUUCCAGACCUGAGAGACAUACUGUGAAACAUAGUGUUAGAGAGAUUAUUGUCCAUUCAGAAUACCGGAUAGAGACGUUUGAAAAUGAUAUUGCAUUAUUUAAACUAUAUAAAUCUGUAAGCUACAAUGACUAUAUUCAGCCCAUCUGCUUACCCUUUGUUCACAUUCAUCUAAACAUCAACAACCGAACAAAGUGCUUCAUAAGUGGUUGGGGAAGUAUUUCAGAGAAAGGUGAAGGCUCACCUAUAUUACAAGAAGCUCAAGUAGACAUUAUUCCUUCUGAUAUUUGUAAUGGUUUUGAAUGGUAUGAAGGAAUGGUUAAUAAUAAUAUGUUUUGUGCUGGCUUUGAAUCUGGAGGUAUCGAUAGCUGUCAGGGAGAUAGCGGUGGACCAUUAGUGUGCUAUCACCUAGAUACCAGCAAAUAUUAUCUGAUAGGGAUUACCAGUUUUGGAUUUGGAUGUGGCCGACCCAAACUUCCUGGGAUCUAUGUACGUGUGUCUCGAUAUAAAAGGUGGAUAAAAGCUCGUCUUUUGCUGGCUAGCAAAGCCACCAGGACCCUGAGCAUUACACUUGCUCUGAUUCUCUUGACUGUGGGGUGGACACAUACAUCAUUUGGUUGUACUAGAGACUUCAGAGGCCUCUCUGAGAUUGCCACUUGA